AAGUCCUUUUCAAACUCGUCUAGUUGUAAAUAUUUUCCUUUUUAGCAUAAAUCAUAAAUGGUUUAAAUCCAAACUCAGAAUAGUAUUCUAUUCGCACUAGAAAAGCGAAAACAAGGGUGUUUUCUGUUUCCCACAGAUCUAAGAUCCAAAAUCCAAUUUUAUCAGUUCUCUCCUCUAAGGAAUAACAUGUCAAGAAGGCAAGUUAGUACCACGCGCCGCUUUGUCGACAGCGGAAACUACCCCUUCGCUGGUGCCUUACAAUAUAAAUCCCGAUCUUCUCCCAUUUUAUCUAUUGGUCUUGUCAUAGUGGGAGCUAUCCUUCUUAUUGGCUACGUCUAUAGUGGCUCGGGUAAAUCCCGAGUUGUCAGUCGGCUCCAAGGUGACUAUACAUGCACACUAGAAGUUCAGAGGGCAAUACCAUUUUUGAAGAAGGCAUAUGGUGACAGCAUGCACAAGGUUUUGCAUGUAGGCCCUGAUACCUGUUUGGUGGUCUCCAAACUUUUGAAAGAAGAGGGAACUGAAGCCUGGGGUGUGGAACCAUAUGACAUAGAGGAUGUUGAAGAAGAUUGCAGGAGUCUUGUGGGAAAAGGCAUUGUACGUGUGGCAGAUAUCAAGUUCCCCCUUCCGUAUAGGUCAAAGUCUUUUUCUCUUGUUAUUGUGUCAGAUGCCAUUGAUUACUUGUCUCCAAAGUACCUGAACAAAACUCUGCCUGAGUUCGCAAGGGUUGCCUCUGACGGCCUAGUUAUUUUUGCAGGUUCCCCUGGUCAUCAGAAGGCUAAAGUGGCAGAAUUAUCCAAAUUUGGGCGGCCAGCCAAAAUGCGGAGUUCCACUUGGUGGGUUCGAUUUUUCGACCAAAUUAGUUUACAAGGAAAUGAAGCUGUCACUAAGAAGUUUGAGCAGGCUGCAUCAUCAAAGAGUUCAUACCCGCCAGCUUGUCAAGUGUUCCACCUAAAACCAUAUCAGUGAUUCAAAGAGUAAUUCAUCAAGGUGAAAUUCUCAUUACUUUUGUUUUGUCAUGCUUUGAAGGUGAAGUAAAUAUAUCUUCUGCUCCCAGAUUACGUGUAUACACUAAAUUUGGUAAAGAGAUGUUGAUAUCACUGGUGUUAGUUCCCCUAACAUUACACGUUUGAUAUUUAUUAAUUCAAUUGAUGAAAAAAAUACACUUGUUU